UUAUAUAUAUAAGCCUUGGGGAGUGUUGCAACACGUUCAGUACGCCUCUAGUCGCUUUGCCGAUCGGACCACGCGCGAUCUAACCGCGACGGCCACGGAGAGGGCGAGAGAAGCAACACACAACUCUAGUCAUGAGGACCCAGUGAAUGCAGUGUUCAGUGACGUAACAAGUGAGCAGGCAAUUAAAGUAAACAAUAAGAACCGUGGAAGUGCCAGAGACAAUGAACAUCCCGAGCCCGAUAGCCACGCCGGAGUGGCACAUCCCCCGGCCGUCGCUGUCAGGCAGCAGCGCGGCGGGCAGCGUGGCCGACUCCCGCUCCCGGGGCGGCUCGGCGUCCAGCCAGGGCUCCUCCAGUAAUCAUAGUACGCAUAGCGUGUCAUCAGGAUCGCUGUUGCUGAGCGCGGCACACCUAGCGCGAAUGAGCGGAAGGCAUCCCAUUCAAGAGGACCGAUCGCCGUACCAAUCGAAGCUAGGAAGCUUUGGUAGAAAGCAGCGGUCUUUGUCAGAAGCCGUGGUGGCAAUUCCGGAAGAAUCGCGGGACCCUACAGAUUCCUUCUGGACGGGGGUCAAGCUGGGCAGCGGGGCUGGCCAGGACGCGGUGUCGGUGGCCAGCUCGACGCACUUCACGGUGGUGAACGGGUUCACGAGGACGAGGCCCGGCAAGGAGCCCCGCGCCUGCUGCUGCAGUCACUCUCACCAGAUCACGGUGCUGGUCGUGUCGAUGACGAUAUUGUUUUCCGCGUGCAUCCUCGCUGCGAUAUGCUUUGUUGAGAUGCGUAUGCGCAAGGAGACAGGGAUCUACAAGUACUCCUGAAGACAUGGCGACUCCUGCGCAGACAUAAGAAUUUUCUAAUUAAUACUGGUUUUUUAUGUUUAACUGCGGUGAAAGUAUUAAUUUAGACAAUGUCAGUAAUGUUAAGUACCACUGUCGCGGUAUACACUGGGUCCAUUACCUUCUAUUUAUCCCGGGUAUUAUAGUAUAGUACUCAGAAUAAGUUUGUAAUUUUAUGUUACUUUCAAAAUUACUUAUUGGUGCGACCCAAUAUUUGUAGGUAAUUUCAUUUGGUUGAAAUCACUUACAGAUAUUACAAAAUAUUCCGUUUAGAUUUUAGCAAAGUAUAGUUAGGUAAUUUUAAUUUAUUAGUAAAUUAAAUUUUGAUUAGGUAUUCCGAUUGUUUAUUUUUAGAAAACAUAUUAGUUUUUCAGCUUUACUACCUACGUAGGUAUUCUAUCUUAGACAAUAAUUAUGUACUUAGGUACAUAAGUAUUAGAUUAGUAACCUUACAAAUACAAAAAUCGAUAAGAGUUAAUAAUGAGUGAAAACAUCAAGUCGUCAUUAUGAUUGCAUUGAUUAAGUUGCAUUGAAUGAAAAUAUUUAAUGGUGAUCAUUACCUUACCAUCAAACUUGUGUAAGUAAAAUAAAAUCUCUCAAAACGAUCUUGAAUGCACUCCAGUAUAAAAUAUUUACACAAUACUUGGUUUCCCAGUGUAAACAUAGCAUAAUGUCCUUAUAGGCCAGUUCUACAAGGUUAUUUUUAUGCAUAAUUAUUUACAUUAAUUAUAAGAAAUGUACAAAAUCAUAAAGCUAAGAGGUUUGUAUUUAAUGAAUUCAUACUUAAAUUUAGAUAAGUACUUACUUCAAUUUGUUUAUAUCUCAUGCAUUAUAUUUUGCUGUUCAGUUUAAGCUUUUUGUUAGUUAGUGGAGAAAACUGUGAUAAUCAAACACACAAUUAAAAAUAUUCGAAAACAA